UCUAGAAAGAUAUUUGUGAUAAUAAAAAGUGCAAAAUUCACUUACUUCAUUCAAUGGUUUUCUGUCAAUAAGUCGAUUGAUUGCAUCAGAAAUAUUGAUGGCUUGUGGAUAGAGGGUGACUCGAGGAUCAAUAGGUAGCUUCCAGAGUUUAUCUGGGAUAUCUAUUAAAUCCCUAAAUUUGAGCAGUCUAUUCUUAGCUCCAUCCUGAAGAACAUAUUGAUCAAGUAUAUUGAACUCUGAGAAAUUCUUCAAUUCGGUUUGAUAAUUUAGGUGCAGUUCAUACACUCCAUUCACUUUCUUUAAAUCGAAUGGCCAUUUUUGUACCAGAUUCCUAUCUCGAGACACCGUAUUCUCCAAUAUAUCGUAUCUUUUGAGAGAGUAGAAUCGUAAACAUGCCCACAAAAUUAAUACAACAAGUAAACCUAUACAAAGGUGAGUAAUCCUGAACAUUGGGCUGGUAUCCUAACAAACAGUAUCUACUUGCAUACGAAAACGCUGAAUUUGUAAGUUAAUAAUUGAGUGAGCAGGGAUUCGUCGAGGCCCAUUAACCAGUAGGAAUUACUGAAUAAACGCAAUAUUAUUGGCUUAUAUCAUAUUCGGUGACAAAAAUGCCAUUUUAGGUAUUCACGACAUGAAUAGUAAAGAAAGAUUCCAGGAAAACGUCAGCUGCUAAUUUCACCAAAUUUAAAAUGAGUUACUACGGAUUCCAAAUGUAAUAAGACAUUCGGUAUUGAUAGAUGGUUGAAAAUUAACCGUGGUGUCAUCUACUCUCGUUUAAACAGGGCACAUCGAUUUAUAAAUAUCUCUUUACUUAUUCUAUUAUGGUGCAUUUUUUCAAUAAAAGCCUUAACUAGUGUAAAACAGUUAGCUCAUUUAUCACCAUUUUUUAAUGUUCCUGAGAAUACGAUAACUUCUAGAGCCAUUACUAUUAUUAAGCAACAACAUUGA